AUGCUAGAAAACUUCAGAUGGACAGGAAGCAAGACGGGGCAGACACAGUCGGGGGAAACACAGUCGGGGAGCUCGUACGAGGCAGCAGGCGGCAGUAAGAGCAACAGCUCGGACUACGUGUACGCGACAAACGACACAGACGGCGGGUCGGACUUGGAGAAUCAGGGUACUCCCGUGGAGAAGUCCAACCCGUUGGGCUACUCGGUGGGCCCGUUGAGCGUGGUGGUGCUCAUCCUCCAGGGGGUGGUCGGGACGGGUAUCUUCAGCACUCCCGGCAGCGUGCUGAAGUCGAUGGGCUCGAUCGGGUCCACGUACGUGCUCUGGCUCUUGUGCUUCUUCCUCCCGCUGUUCUCGAUCUACAUCUACAUCGAGUACGCCGGGUACUUCCCACGGCGGAACGGGGGCGACGUGGCGUACUUGGAGAAGGCGUACCCAAAGCCCAAGUUCUUGGUGCCCACGGUGUACGCCGCGGUGUCGGUGGUGUUGUCCUACACCACGACCAGCGCCUUGGCGUUUGGCCAGUACAUCCUCUCCACGGUGGAAGACAAGGCCCAGGUGUGGCACUACCGGGGCAUAGCCAUCGGCGCACUCACCUUCUCGGCGCUGUGUAUCGCCGUCAGCACCAAGUGGUCCUUGCGGCUACAGAACCUGUUGGGCUUCAUCAAGGUCGUGUUCAUGAUCUUCCUCGUGAUCCUCGGCUGGGUGGUGCUCGGCGGCCACACCAAGGUCAAGGACCCGCACGCCAGCUUCCGCAACGUGUGGGAGGGCACCACCUCCGACGGCAACGAGAUUGCCAACUCCAUCAUCAAGGUGGCGUUCUCCUACAGCGGCUUCAGCUACGCCUUUGGUGUUGUAGCGGAACACAUGAGACACGAAAACGACUCCGAGGAGCAGGCCAAGAAGAAGCUCUUGAAAACUUACUCCUUCUACGUGCCCAUCUCCAUGUGCGUCAUCUUUGUCUUCUACAUCCUCAUGAUCACCGCCUACUAUGCGUCCGCCACCCCAGAGGAGCUCAAGCACUCAGGCAACACCAUUGCCACCACCAUGUUCAAAAACGUCUUUGGCAACAGGGCCGCUACUCAGGGCUUGGCUGCCAUGGUGGCUUUGUCGUCCUUUGGACACUUGGUCACAGCUGUUCUCUCCCACUCCAGAGCGCUCAGAGAGUGCGGUAGACAAGGCGUCUUGCCCUUCAGCCAGUUCUGGACACAGACGAAGCCCUUCGGCACCCCGAUUGGUCCCAUCUUCAUCACCUGGUUGAUCAACUUCAUCAUGAUUGUGGCUCCGCCAGCAGGCUCCGCUUACAACUUCAUCCUCGACAUGGGCACCUACUCUAGCUACAUCUUCACCCUCUGUUUGAUUAUCGGCUUGUUGAAAAUCAGAAGAGAGCGGAGGUUAAAGGGCCUUGGUAACGAGGGCCAUUACUUGCCCCUCCCAUGCAUCAUCAUUUUACUUUUGUUCCAUAUCAUGGUCAUUGCCAUCGCAUUUGUUCCACCUAAGGGGACUUUGAUUGGCAGUGACGUGACCUUCUUCUACGCUACCUACCCAAUUGUCACUAUCUGCAUCUUGUUUGCCUGCGGCUUCUACUACCUCGUCUGGCGUUUCGCGCUACCUAAGGUGGGCAAGUAUGUACACCGUGAAGUCAUUUACCAUCUUGAAAACGGAGAACUCGGAAACAAGAUUGUUAAAGUCAAAUUGAAAGACCUCGAGGAGUGGGAUCAAGAGCACGAGACCGACGACAAUGGUGUUGCCACUAAGAUAGAAGUUCACAGAGAAAAGAUAGAGACUGGCUCGAACAAAGAUGUUGAGCUGGUUGGAUAG